AUGCCCCUCCAACUCCUCCCCCUAGCAGAAUCCGACAUCCCGCGCUUCGCCAUCAUCGACGAAGCAGCAAUGGCCAACUGGCCCUACGCCGAAGCCAUCAUAGGCAAAGGCGACGCGCGCAUCGCCCUCGUCGCCAAAUGGCUGCGCGAAGGCUGGGGCAAAAACCCCGCCGAGCACUACAUGAAAGUCGUCGACACGGAGACGGGGGAGAUGAUUGCCGCGUGCAUGUACGAGUUGCAUCCCGAGCCGAAAGCCAAGCAGGAGGAACUGUCGUCGCAGCGUCACGCGCCGGGGGAGGAGGGCCCGGCGAGUAGUGUGUGGGAGGCUUCGGGGCGGUUGGGGAGGGAGUUUGAUGCGGAGUUUGUUGGGGAUAAGCCUUAUUCUCAACUCAACGUCCUCGUCACCGACCCGAAACACCAACGCCGAGGCGCGGGGAGUCUGCUGGUCGCGCACGUCUGCAAAGAAGCAGAUGAGAGGAACCUCCUGUGCAGACUGACGGCUUCGCAAGCCGGGUUGGCGGCGUAUCUCAAGCAUGGCUUCGAGGUGAAGAAGAUUGUGCCGUUGGACUUGCGGCCGUAUGGGUUUGAUUCUAUUGAGGACAGGCGGUUCAUGCUUCGGCCGGCGAAGGAUGCGGCGGCUUAA